AUGGAAAACAAAACUCUCUCAUUUUACUUUAACUUAACCAUGUUCACGAACAUUGGACACUUCCGUUAUCCAGCCUUUAUUUUUUGCCUCCUGCUUUACAUCUUUAUUGUGUCUGCAAAUCUUGCCGUGAUGUGGAUAAUAAUAAGGGAGAGAACACUACAUGAGCCCAUGUAUAUUUUCAUUGCAUAUUUAUCCAUCAACUCUCUGUGUGGUGCUACUGGUUUCUUCCCCAGAUUCCUUAUGGACCUUCUGUCUGAUACUCAUUUGUUCUCACGUCCUGCUUGUUUCACUCAGAUCUUUGUUAUUUACACAUAUCUGUCUAAUGAAGUGACCAUUCUGAGCAUUAUGGCAUAUGAUAGAUAUGUUGCUGUUUGUCACCCUUUACACUAUCACAGCAAGAUGAACUCUAAAACUGUCUUUGCAUUGUCAUUUUUUGCUUGGGUCUGUCCAGCCUGUAAUCUUACUAUAACCCUUAAUAUGACUGUCAGGCUUCCUCUAUGUGGUAACAAUAUACAGAAGGUAUACUGUGCCAGCUGGAAUAUCGUCAGGUUAUCAUGUGUUACAGAUGCCAUAAACAGUAUUGCUGCUACGCUGGGGGCCGUAGCUGUAGCUGUCGUUCCCUUUGGUUUCAUCUUGUACACAUAUCUGAGAAUUGUGGUCGCUUGUUGGAAAAGCUCAUCAGAGGUCAGGGGAAAAGUAUUACAGAGUUGUUUUCCACAUGUUAUAUCAUUUGUGAUUUAUGUUGUCACAUCGUUUAGUGAUACUGCCUUAAGCCGACAAAAUCUUGAUGAGAUAAAUCCCUUUGUGGCUAUUUUUUUGUCACUAGAAUGUGUUGUCAUUCCUCCACUUUUGAAUCCUCUUGUGUAUGGCCUUAAAUUACCAGAAAUAAGAAGACACAUUGUCGAAAUACUAAGCAUAAAAUCCCAGGGGAAGAAAAAAUCUUGUAGAACAUUACCAAAGCCUGUGUGA